CUGUGACAUCAGCUGCACCUGAUUCAGCUAUAAAGGACAAGUUUGAGGAUCCGUUACACACCUGUUAAACAUAGCCGGCUUGGAGGUAUAAAAGGACCGCCUACCUAUUAGAAGAAGGAUAUUAUAUACUCCCUAACCUGGGCAGUCAUCCAGGCAAAGAUAUUCUGUUCAGAGAGCCAAUAGGUACUGUGGAGUGGACAAGAAAUAAGAGAAAGACAGUGAAUUUUAAAGAAGAAAGUAGAGGCAGCUCACACCAAAGGAAGAAAGGGAUUCUUCUCUCUAAAGGAAACAUUGCUUAGAAAAGAGGAACUUCCAAAGAAGGGUGCUGUUCGAAGUCCUCUGAUACCACCAAAGAAUUAUACUACUUAUUUUACAACUCAUAAACCACAUUUAGUUGCCAACAUGUCUAUGGGACUUGAGAUCCUGGGUGUAGCCCUGUCCAUUAUCGGAUGGCUGGGUGCCAUUGUUUGCUGCGCUCUUCCAAUGUGGAGAGUAACUGCGUUUAUCGGUAACAACAUUGUGGUGGCUCAGAUCAUCUGGGAAGGUCUAUGGAUGAACUGUGUGGUGCAGAGCACGGGGCAGAUGCAGUGCAAAGUAUAUGACUCCCUGCUUGCUCUUGCUCAGGAUCUACAGGCAGCGCGUGCUCUCAUUGUCAUCUCGAUUGUCAUAGCUGUGCUUGGAGUCCUCAUCUCCAUUAUCGGAGCCAAGUGCACCAACUGUGUCCAGGAUGAGGCAACGAAGGCGAAGAUCAUGAUUGUGUCUGGGGUUAUUUUCAUCCUUGCCGGGCUGAUGACCCUCAUCCCUGUGUCUUGGUCUGCUAAUACCGUCAUUCGUGACUUCUACAACCCAUUGGUGGUGGACUCUAUGAAGAGAGAGCUUGGAGCCUCCAUGUAUAUAGGUUGGGCAGCCUCGGCUCUCCUCAUGCUUGGAGGUGCCAUGUUAUGCUGUUCUUGCCCACCCAAACAAGAGAAAUACCCUGCAUCACGAGUGGCAUAUUCUGCUGCCCGCUCUACGAAUCCUGGCUACGACCGAAAAGACUAUGUUUAAAAGAAAGUGGACUUUCUUUACUAAAUAACUUUACAACUCUUACAUAAAACACGGACAGGAGGAGACUUGCGGCAUAAUCAUGAAAACCGAAAACAUCACCUCCUAACACUUACAAAUAAUCCUCGUGAUAUUGUAAAUGAUUAUACGUGUUAUAUAUAUAUGUACGUAUAAUAUGUAUUUUAGUCAGCAUUGCCCUUUUUUAAUGGCACCGUUUGUUUGUGUGUAUGUGAAUAUAUAGGAAAUUAGAUGGCGAUUUUCCAGUGUCGUGGCAAUGGUAAAAUAUGUUUGAACUGGGAGGGACAAAUGUUGGCAUAGAUGAGGUGGCUUAAACAGUGUAACCCUUUUUAUGCUGGGAAGGAAGCAAGCCUUUCUUACUGUACAUAGAAAUGUAUGCUAUACCUGUGAUAAAGCACAAAGGUUAAUCUAAGAGGAUACUUUCAUGUUUGUUAUUGGAAGGCUUCAGCAAAAGGUUUUCCUCUCCCAGAGCUAAAGGGUAAAGGUUAGAUCACGAAAAUAUCUCAUAUACAAGGGAGAAAGUGUAUACAGCGUUGUUAUAUAUUGCAUUGUUAAAUAUUUCUCGAACUAGGUGGGAGAAUCUUCUUGUACAGUAAUAGCGUACUGUGACACUGCAGAUAUUUCUGAACUAUAAUUCUUAUGAUGCUCAGCAAACCCUUAGUUCAUUAACCCCUGCAGUGCCAGGGUUGACCUUAAAAGCUGUAAAAUAUUAAAAAAAAAAGUGCACUAUAUUUUUAUCAAAGCAAAAAUAUAAUAUGAAAAUCCACUUUCGUUUUUAUUAAUGGGAAAAUGUAUAUUAAAAGGAGAGAGAAAAAAAUAGAAUUUCAACAUACUCAACCAUACGAGGUAACGUGAUGUUUAAUAGGUUUUUAAUAUGGAACGUUGAAUCCUCAGAGACCUACUGCUUUGAACAAUAUGUUCCUAUGGUUUAGUUCCACCUAUCAGGCCUAACAAAUAACUACAGUGAUGAAAUGACUAACAAAGGAUGUGUACAUGAAAAUAAUUCCCCUUUCACUAGGGACGGUUAUUUAAAAUGCAUUAGGCAGGACAGCGAUGUUGUUGAUACAUUAUAUAGUGCAAGGUGAGAUCUGCCUAUCUGCUUGUGCUAUACUUUUUUUUUUUUAAUAAGAAUAUUGCAUUCUGUUACAUGCAGGAAAUUAAUGAGAAUAUACAGUUGUUUGUCAGACUUUUAAAAAUGUAAUUUACUUAACGAUAACAGGAUGCGUUAUUUUUAUUGGUAAAAGGAAGGUACAAUACUGUUUUUUAUAUAUAUAUAUACUUAAUGAGUUUUGUCUUUUUGUCUCCGACCUUCAUGCCAGUCUGGAAUGUGACCAGUUAGAUUUUGUUUCCUAUCCAUUGGUGUGUGUCUGUCUGGCUUUUGAACGCAGACUUUGUGUUCUCACUGUCCUUCUAAUUUUGACCCCUGCCCCCCUCCUCUCACUUUUCCUAUAUUUGUACACUCUUCCCCCCCACCCACAAUACUUCUUUGUAAUCUCAAUGGUUUGAAAGUUAUUUAGAGGCUGAACGUGGUGUGUUAACGGUUUUACUGUUAAUAUGUAACAGGCUUCACAAUUCUCUCCUUUUUUUAAAUGAGCUUGUGAAACACUUCUGCUCAGCCUGGCUAGAACAAAACAACUGGAUCCUAGCUCAGUAAAGUUUAAUGCCUUUAACCCAGUCACUGCUAGAAUAACCUACAGGUAGCCAAGGUCAAUUAAGGGCUUAGGUGGGGGAGGGGAAUAUGCUUAUUAACCCCUUCAUGACAGACGAUGUGCCAGGACUGUUAAUGGAAUUGCCAAUUCCCAGAAGAAGAACUGAGCACUGCAAGACUAAUAUAUAUAUAUAUUUUAUACAUCUUUAAAAAAAAAUGGAAAAAAAUUAUAGGCCGUAAUAGUGAAUGACAGACCAAUGAGCUACACUAGUUUUGAGAAAAAAUACAUAAUAGGCCAUUUGUUCCCUGGAGUACAAGGAACAGACGUUUGUUGUCAGAAAAUUCCAUUAAAGAUUUAAAAUAGGAGCUGAUGAAAUUGCAUUAUUUUGAAAGGGAUUUCUGUUACUAUUCAGCUUUCUUUAUUCCAUAGAUCUCACGUUAAACCCCAAUUACUGCUUUCGGCCAUAUUUGCCAUUUGCCAUCAUCAUAAGAGAUCAAAAAGUCAUUUUCUCUAUGUAUCCUAUCUGCAUUUUUUCGUGAACAUAACUGAAAAUAAUUAAGUGGUUUCUAAUUUAAAGACAUUGCAUUAUUUUAAUUCAUUUUAUUACAGGAACUUUGUGGACCACAUGAUUCUUUAUCGUCUAGAUUAUCAUCUUGGUAAUUUGGGACGGAUUGUGACUUGUAAAACAAGGAUGUGAGAUUUAGUCAUAAUGCCAAGAAUUUUAGUAAAUUGGCAAGGGGAACGCAAAUUUCAGUCUCAACUAGUCGAACUGGAAAAAUAACCAGAGAUUAAUUUUAAUUCAGAAAUUGUAGCCUAUAAUCCCUUCAUGAACCUACUGCAAUUUCCUGUUUAGAAGAUGAAUACACACCUGACUGUCCAGGUGUUUUGCUUUUGUUUUAUAUAUUUUACUUGUUUCAGGAUUUUUGUUAUUUGUGCAUUUUUUAAUAUGAUAAAAUAAAUAAGAUUUUUAAUGGAAAAAUCUGGUUUACUUGUGAUGUUACUCUAUUUUAAUCCACAAGGGAUGUAAGUAUAAUGCUUUUGCAGACACAUUUAUCUUGAAACAGAGGAUAAUCUAUGUUUGAAAGGAGGCAUUCGCCACGGAGGGGUAUUCGACGAACACAUUUUUGCGUGCUGAUAUAAUCAAGAAUGGAGAAUAAUUUUUAUGUAUUCCCAUGCAUUCAAAAACAGCCUAGUCAUACAUCAUAUUACCUUAUUCUAAAAAUCUAAUUACGUACUCUGCUUUAUAAAUCAUGUCCAGCCAUUACUCAAAAUUCCAGGCUGGGAACGUAAACAUUUUGCCUAAAUAGCCGAAGACGAGUAAAAAAUCAUUGUACCCCUGGUCAAUUUCACAUCAUUCAUGGUUUAAUGAAAAACUCUUUAAGACAUACAAUUCUGGAUUAAUAGAAAUGGUUUAAGAAAUGUACAUAUUGUAUGAAUUUAUGGGAUAAGGAUGGCUAUGAGCAUAUUUAUUUUUUUAUAAGACUACGCAGAAUUGCCACAAAAUUUAAUCAGUCAGUUUAUAAAAAGACAAGUCCAGGAUAUAUUGGAUAAAAUAUAGAUUGGACACGAUGACAUUGUUUUGUUUUUUAUAAGCUUCACUGCUACAAACACUGAUGUGGGCUAAAAUUAGGUUUUACCUAGUAGGGUCAUGUAAGUUGUAACAAUAUCUAAAUGUUUUAAAAUUCCAUGGCGUAAUGACAUUUGUGUGAUUGUGAAUCCUAACUGGGAAAAUACAUUUUUUUUAAUAAAGAAAAUUUUAAAGUCAA